AUGGCCGCGCUGCUGGGCACCUACCCCUGGCCGGAGCGGCUGGAGGGGGCGGCCGAGGGGCUGCCGCCGGGGCCGCCCCCCCGCGGGCCGCCGGCGGAGAAGGGCGCCGCCGAGAGCCGCAUCCGCCGGCCCAUGAACGCCUUCAUGGUGUGGGCGAAGGACGAGAGGAAGCGCCUGGCCGUGCAAAACCCCGACCUGCACAACGCGGAGCUCAGCAAGAUGCUCGGCAAAUCCUGGAAGGCGCUGAGCCUCGCGCAGAAGCGGCCUUACGUGGAGGAGGCCGAACGGCUGCGGGUGAAGCACAUGCAAGAUUACCCCAACUACAAAUACCGACCCCGGCGGAAGAAGCAGGUCAAGCGGAUCUGUAAACGGGUGGACCCGGGUUUUUUGCUGGGCAGCCUGGCGCGGGACCAGAACGCCGUGCCGGAGAAGCGGCCCUGCGGCAGGGCGGCGGGCGAGAAAGAGGGGCCGAGCGAGUACCCGCCUCGCCCGGGGCUGCCGCCUGCCCGGGGAUACCGGGAGGCCCCGGCGGGUGCUGGAGGUGGCAGCAACACCAGUGUGGACACCUACCCCUAUGGGCUGCCCACCCCGCCGGAGAUGUCUCCUUUGGACGCCAUAGACCCCGAGCAGAGCUUCUUCUCCUCGCCCUGCCCCGAGGACCAUCACCGCUCCCACCUGGCCGGAGCCACCUUCUCCCCGGAGUACGGGGCCGCUUCGCUCCCGUGCAACCACCACACUCUUGGCCCGUGCAUGAUCUCUCCGGCCUCCGGCUGCCCUCCCCUCCCUCCUCCUCCUCCCAGCUACUAUGCGCCUGCUUUCCACCCCGUCCACCCCCAAAACCUCCAUGCCCACCUGGGCCAGCUCUCGCCGCCGCCCGAGCACCACGGCUUCGACAGCCUGGACCAGCUGAGCCAAGCGGAGCUCCUGGGUGAGAUGGACCGCGACGAGUUCGACCAGUAUCUCAACACCCCCGGGCACGCUGAGCACGGCGGCGCCCUGCUCAACGGACACGCGCCGGCGGCCCUGGCGCCGGCCGGUGGCUCCCACGCCUCCGAGACCAGCCUCAUCUCCGUCCUGGCGGACGCCACGGCCACCUACUACAAUAACUACAGCGUCUCCUAGGCCGGCGGGCCGGCGGGAAGACCCGGCAGUAUUACGAGGGACAACCCCCCGGGGGGUAGGGGGGGAGGGAGGACAUCGCCCACCCGCGAGGGGCCGCGGGGGGUCUCCGGGCCGCCGCGACGCUCUGCCGUCGGGGCGAGGGAGAGGGACCCGCUCGCCGUCGACUUCCCCCGCCGGGAACCGAGCGGGAAGCGGCGGACGGGGCGGACGGGGUUGGGGGGGGGGGGGGGGGCCGGUGCGGGGACGAGCGAGUCUCGCCCGGCGCGCUAAAAAAUAAAUAAAUAACUAGAGACAAGGCACCGCCGCGAGCUUCAGUCCGUGUCUCGGCCUCCCCCCCACCUCCCUCCCCAGCUGGGAAAAUUUAUCGGGAUGAGCACUUUGGAAAAGAGGCGAUAAUGUAGCAGGCGCGUUUCUUCUCAAACACCGUCUGAAGGCGAACACUUGCUGUUCAGCGACGCGGGGCCCAACGCCCCCUCUAACUUCGGCCUAUUAUCACGUGUAAUAAAGCUGUACAUUGAUUUAUACGUUCCAUUAUUUUUCCCCCGCGGAUUUUGUAUUGCUAGAGUUCCCUUUCUUUUCAUAAAGACGAAGCUUUAUUUUAAAUCAGUUAUAUGACAUGAUUAAUCUUAGUGUUUACUCUAUGGCACUUGGUAAUGAUUAGUUAGCAGCGUGGCUAUGAUUUUUUUUUUUCCCCUGGUUUCAGUCCUGAAUGUGUAUUAAUAAUAAUUGUAAAUAAUACUUAAAAAAGAAAAAAAAAGAAAAACCCACAACUUCACAGGUUUUAAGCUAAUACAGUCUAUCUUUUUGUGUGUGUGACUCUAUGCAUUUUGAAUGAGUGUGGAUACGAGUUUCCAUAAAAUAUUUAAUUUAAAUAAAUGUGUUUUUAUACAA